CCAACAUUGUUCAGUCCCACGCUAUGGAUUAUCCCAGUUGUUUACUCGCUGAAGGCAUCGACUCUAAUGAAAGAAAUGUGCAGGUCCAAGCUGCUUGCACUAAAAUGGUUGAGGAACUAUGCUGUAUUUCACGAAAAAAUACAGAUAAUUCGCUAGUUGACUCGAUGAGCUGUACGGCCGUCCAUGUAGGAGCAUCAUUGUUGGGAAUUCUGUGUGCUCUAGUCAUAAUCGCUGCUUUAGUAUACUUUUUGAUGAAAUUGAGAAAUAAGAGACGGGAAAGUAGUGCGGCUGCUAAUCCGAGCGAACGCCGAAUAUUCAGACUGAGAAAUUUGAUUGGAGAAAAGUAA